CUCUGUAGCCAAAGGGUUUAUGCGACUCUCAGCAAUUCUGCAAACCUUUAACAGUAUGAAUGCACUUAUUUCGCUUCCUUCUAAUCCGAUAUUAAUGUAAAAGAAGUCUUCAUUUUGGAAUUCAAUUCUUAACAUGAGGUACUUACGCUUCGUUUCCUCACAUCUGACCCGAAAUUUCAAAUCCAUUCCUCAGAAUCCUCGAAGUUGCACCGCCAAUGAUAAUCUCCAAAUCACUCCCAUUUUUGCUCGCAAGUACUGUGCUCCCACCCAACAACCAUCCGAAAAAGUGUCCGCAAUAGUGGACGAACUAUCCGACCUUACGCUCCUGGAAGUCUCGGACCUGUCCGAGGUCCUUCGGCAAAAAAUGGGAAUCAAGGAGAUGCCGAACAUGUUCGUGAUGAUGCCGGGUAUGGGAUUCUCCCUGAGGGACGCUGCAAAAGGAGGCGGCGGCGGCGGCCCCGGGAAGGCUGAGGAGAAAGCGGAGAAAACUGUUUUUGAUGUGAAGCUUGAAGGUUUUGAUGCGGCUGCCAAGAUUAAGGUGAUUAAAGAAGUGAGGGGUUUUACAGAUUUGGGGCUGAAAGAGGCUAAGGAUUUAGUGGAGAAAGCUCCAACCUUAUUGAAGAAAGGCGUCACGAAAGAAGAGGCGGACAAGAUUAUUGCUAAAUUGAAGGAGGUUGGCGCCAAAGUCUCCUUGGAGUGAGGUAGCCUACUUCAAAAUGGGAAGACCGGGAAUGCUAGGCUCAUGACUUUGGUGCUCCAGGGGCCUGUUAAAAUGAGAUAGCUUUGCAAGUCAUGAAGAUCAAUGUAGAUUUUGCCGUAAUGCAGAACAUUCUUUGAUAAAUGCUGAUUCACUUGUUUUUCUGAGUUAGAAGAAGCAGAUCUGAGCUGAAGUUAGAUUUUCAUUUUCUCAAACCAGCUGUAUUCAUAAUUUUUUUUAUGCUUCAGAAGAAUCAAAACACCUGUUGUAGGAUUGAAUUCUGAUGACAGGUUCAUUUUAUGAAGAGUGAUGAACUGUGACUCGCAGCUCCGCAAUUACAAUCUCA